AUGACUGAAGCCGUUGUAACACCGUGGUCUGUCGAGGGUGACGUAAAUUAUGAUAAACUAAUAAAAGACUUUGGAAGUCACGCCAUCGAUGAGGCAUUGCUGGAACGGAUUGAACGGGUUCUGGGGAAGAAACCGCAUCAUUUCCUCCGUCGAGGAAUUUUCUUUUCCCAUAGGGAUUUGAACCUUCUAUUGGACGUGUACGAGUCCGGUCAACCUUUUUAUCUCUACACUGGCAGAGGUCCAAGCAGCGAGUCCAUGCAUAUGGGUCAUUUGAUUCCUUUCAUGUUUACUAAGUGGCUUCAGGACUCCUUUAGGGUACCCCUCGUGAUACAAAUGACAGAUGAUGAGAAGUUUUAUUUCCGUAAUAUCCCAAUGGAACAAGUCGAGGCCAUGACAACAGAAAAUAUAAAAGAUAUUAUCGCUAUGGGGUUCGACCCCGAGUUAACUUUCAUUUUCCGUGACUUUGAUUAUAUGGGAUGCAUGUACCGUACCGUUGCCAAGAUUGAGAGGGCCUUCACUGCGAGUCAAGUACGUGGUUGCUUUGGUUUUGCAAUGGAAGACAACUGUGGCCGCUGGAUGUUUCCUGCUAUACAGGCUGCACCAUCUUUCUCAGCAGCUUUUCCUCAUAUCUUUCCACCAUCGAUGGGAAAUGUGUUUUGUCUCAUUCCACAGGCCAUUGAUCAGGAUCCAUAUUUCCGCCUGACACGUGACAUCGCCCCACGUCUCGGUUAUUUAAAGCCGGCGGUGAUUCAUUCCAAGUUCUUCCCCGGAUUAAGUGGCCCAAAAGGAAAGAUGAGUUCAUCUUCCGGUACUGCAGUGCUGUUGACGGAUACAGAAAAGAUGGUGAAGGAUAAAAUUAACAAACAUGCCUUUAGCGGCGGUGGGGCAACCAAGCAAGAGCACUUUCUUCUUGGCGCCAACGUGGAGGUGGAUGUUCCUAUACAGUGGCUGUCUUUUUUUCUUGAAGAUGAUGAAGAGCUCGCGCGAGUGAAGAAGGAGUAUAUGUUAGGUCGUAUCAUGACAGGAGAGGUGAAGAAGUUAUUAAUUAACACAAUAACGGCCAUCACGAAAACUCAUCAGGAGAAACGGAAAUUGGUGACAGACGAGGACGUACAGCUCUUCACAAGCACUCGCAUAAUGGGUCCGGCUAAGAAGGCGGCAACCCAGUGA